UAAUGAUCAAGCGCUCCAUUGAUAAUGUUGAAGUCACGUGGCAUUGAUUAUCUAAAAUUCAAAACAAGUACGGAAGUCGAAAUGAUAAGUUGUUGUAUUUCCCGGAGAUUUAUGAUUGAUAUUUGAUUUUAGAUGAACUAAGAUUUGUUUAACACAGGACAAAUAUAGGAAAUAUUUUAUUAAAUCAUAUGGCAGUGCUUACCUUUUUUGUUUUGUGAAAACAAGUUUUUUUACUUUCACCAAAAAGAAAGAUGAUGACUGGGAACACAAACUUUACGGCACCUAGAAUGAGCGAAAGAAUGAGAACAAAAUUUGAACAGCUGAUGAGGUUUAAUGUUGAAGAACAGAAAUGUGAAGCCAAAAUAAUCAACUAUACUGCACCACAAACAGGUGCAUUUUGUGAUAUGGUAUGGGAUAACAUCAUGUGUUGGGAUGCAACGCCAGCUGGAACUACUGCAAAAAUGAAAUGUCCACAUUAUGUAGAAGGCUUUAGUAACACAGGGUUUGCAACGAAAACAUGCACGGAAAAUGGUACCUGGUAUGUAAGUCCGCAUACAAAUGGUACAUGGACAGAUUAUACAAGGUGCCCUCUUGUAAACCUUUCUCUGAUGGAAGAACAUCUUCCUAGGAUAAAACUGAUGUAUAAUAUUGGAUAUGGUUUAUCCCUUGGUUCACUUCUGGUUGCUGUUUUUCUUAUGUGCUUUUGUAGACGGCUUUAUUCUAAAAGCAACACGCUACAUAUCAACUUAUUUUUUGCCUUCAUUCUACGUGCUUCCAUGUCCUGUAUACGGGAUAUUCUUUUUGUUGAUGGUUUUGGGUUAUCAAAAGAUGUCAAAAGAGGAACAAAUGGAGGCAUAACAUUUAUACAAGAGGGAUCACACUGGGAAUGUAAAUUAAUCUACUGUUUACUUCUCUACGGUGUUACAGUAACAUGUACAUGGAUUUUUACGGAGGCCUUAUAUUUACAUAUGUUGGUAUACAAGACACUUUUCACGGAGAGACAUGGUGUAAAACUGUAUAUGAUCAUUGGUUGGCUUACCCCGCUGUUAUUUGUAAUACCAUGGAUUAUUGUAAGAAUAGAGCUUGAAGACGUGUAUUGCUGGAAUUGGACUGGUAAUACUGACUAUCAGUGGAUCAUCACUGGACCUGUUCUUCUUAUCAAUGGGGUGAACUUUAUCUUCUUCGUUGAUUUAGUGAGAGUUUUGUAUAAAAGAGUACAUACAAAUAAGCGAGUAACUGGCAGUAGAAAGAUUAGGAAACUGUCCAAGUUCAUAGUUGUUCUGAUACCGUUGUUUGGGGUCCUUUAUAUUGUAUUUUCAUUUCUGUAUAAUCCAAAGUUGAACGAAGAAAGAGAUGUAGUAGUUAUGUAUGCUGAAAUGUUUUAUAAUUCUUUUCAGGGUCUUCUGUUGGCCAUUGUAUUUUGCUUCCUGAAUGAGGAGAUUCAUGUAGAGAUCCGAAAAUGCUGGUACAAAUAUGCCUUAAGUCGAACAGACAGCACUAUGUACACUCGAACAGCUAUGCUGUCCACAUGGCGUCACACCGGAUCACAGAGUUCUAGAGGACACUCAAAUAUUGAUAAUACACAGUCAGAUAUUUGUCUCAAUGACAAUGUUGGAGGAAGGAAUUACAGAAAUGGGGUUAAAAAGCCUAAAUCUAAAAUGGUGCCUAAUGUGAGAAUUCGAUUUCAGUCUUCAGACGUAAGAAAUUCACGAAGUUCAAGUAAUUCAUCCCCAACAAUGGACCGAGAGAGUCGUUACCUAAAGUUAGAAGAGGCUUAUAUCACACGUACUUGAAUAAAAAAACGCUCAGAUAAAAUUGCUGGAAGAGUGAAUGCUAUAUACAGAUAACUUUACAAAAAAAUGUAGGAUUUGAUAAUAAAUUUCGAUUCACAGAGCAGUAUUUAUGGAAUAAAGUUAUUUCUCUGUUGAAGAUGAUAAUUAUGUUACACGAUUACACGUAUUUGUUUUAAGAAAAUUGUCAAUUAGAGUAAAACAUAUAAUUAUAUUGCUUUCUAAACAGAUUGAAUUAUACUAAGUGAUUUCUAGAUCUUUUAUAGUCCACCGUAAAGCAGUUAUCUUGUGAAAAAUAACAAAUUAAAUGAAUCACUGUAAUUCAAUUACAUGAGUACAAAUGUAACAACUAAAAUAUUUAUCGGUUUAAGUCAUGCAAGGGUGUGUGCUUAAAAUCUUGCAAAAUCUAGUGUACGAUAAACUUAAAAGCAUAUUUUGUGAACAAAUGUUUUGAAAAUAAAGUAUACAGAAGAGUAA